CAAUGUUAGUGACUCAACUCGUCAAAACAGACAGAACCGUCAAUUUCUCGGGUAAUAAAAAAAAAAAAAUGUUUGAAGAUGAAUAGUCGUAUUUUUGAAGCAUGGCUCUGAACGACCAAGACAACACAGUUUAAAGUUUGAGGUAUGACAGAGAGCUGUGCGUCCUGAGAGAGGAGAACACUCCACACUGCGUUGUUUUUAGUUCUUUUUUCUUUUUUUUUUACUGUGUAUGUUUUAUUAUUAAUAUACGCAAGAGAGAAGACUUAUGACAUUGCGCACAGACCGGGAGCGGGGUUGCAAAUGGGCGGCAUAGGUGGCAACCUCUACCUCAGCAUGUUGAAUGGGGCUGAAACGCAAACUUUCGGAAAGAGCACCGACAUCAGCAGUCACCUCCACCGCGGCAGCAAGGAUCUAGCCGAGUUUAAAAUGGGGAUUCAGGACGCCAGAUUUUACUACCCGGACUCUGUUCAAAGCGGCCAGGACGCUCUGGCUCUGCAGUAUCACUCGGAGCAGGCGGUGGGAGGGUACGCAGCGCAGCCCGCCAGGUUUUACGCACAGACCAUCAGCAGCUGCCCGUAUGGCAUGGUGCGCUCACCGCCGAGAAGCGGUGCCGGGCAGGGUUACAUCCCGACGGCGGGGGAAGGAUUUCCUGCGGGCAGUAAAGACGUGUAUUCUCCGUCCCCGGAGAAUUACGCUGCGACCUUUCAGCACAGUUACCAGCGGCCGCCUCUCUACCCGUUACCUGGGCUACAGGUGAGCGGGAAGACCCAGGCUCUGCUCAAUAACUACCCGCUGUGGGCCAAGUUCCACAAGCUCCAAACUGAGAUGAUUAUCACCAAACAGGGGAGGAGGAUGUUCCCCUUUCUGAGCUUCAACAUCAGCGCUUUGGAGCCCUCUGCCCACUAUAACGUCUAUGUGGAUGUGGUUCUGGCCGAUCAGCACCACUGGAGGUACCAGGGUGGCAAGUGGGUCCAGUGUGGGAAAGCAGAGGGAAACAUGCCAGGGAACAGGAUGUACAUGCACCCCGACUCUCCCAAUACCGGAGCCCACUGGAUGAGGCAAGAGGUGUCGUUCAGCAAACUGAAGCUCACCAACAACAAGGGCAGCACCAACAAUGUGGCACAGAUGAUCGUGCUCCAGUCGCUCCACAAGUACCAGCCGCGCCUCCACAUUGUGGAGGUGAAGGAGGACGGCUCUGAGGAUCCUUUUCUCUCAGCCAAAGCUCAGACCUUCAUCUUCCCAGAGACUCAGUUCAUCGCCGUCACUGCCUAUCAGAACGCAGACAUCACUCAGCUGAAAAUAGACCAUAACCCCUUCGCUAAAGGUUUCCGUGACAAUUAUGACACGCUGUACGCUCCUCCUGACUCUGAUCGCCUCACCCCCUCUCCAACAGAGAGCCAGCAGCUGCUGUCAGGGAGCUGCUUCCCCCAAGGCUACCUCUCUGAGCAGUACAUGCCCCAGAGCCGCUUCUUCAGUCGUGAGCCUAUUAGCUUGGGCCAGCAGCACAAAGACCCGUCCUCCAGCCCCAGUCCCCACAGCCGCUGGUACCUGCCGCCUCAGCAGGGUGUGGCACCCAACCGGCUUGACUUCAGUUCCUCAUACGAAGGGGAUUUCUCUGGAAACAGUUUCUACAAGCCUUUCCCCUUGCAGGCGUCUGCUCACCAUGCCCUCAGCUACUACCCUGACCAUCCUUUUGCAUCUCCCAGCGUGUCCGUAUCAGGGGCCACCUCAGCAGGCUGGAGCACCAGUCGGCCUGCCCCUCAGUACCUCAAUCACCCAAGUAAGCCUGGCCCCAGUCUGGGCUGGUUUAGGCCCAUAUCAUCUUCCUCAUCCUCCUCAUCUUCCUCCAUGUCGCCUGGCAACCCCAGGCUGAACCCUCCCUCGCUCCUCGAACCCCUGCAGCUGCCCGUGUUGCAGGACAAGCCCAAAGACACUGUGGGAGUAGUCGUGGAGGAGCCGUGGCUCGACGCUCCCUCUGUGAAAUCAGCAGACUCUACAGACUCGGGCCUGUUUGAGGGCGGUGUAGGGGACAACAAGAAGAGAAGAGUGUCGCCCUAUACAUCCAGCACUGAAAACUCCCCGCCGCCACACAGUGCAGAUGUCAGUGAGAAGGACAGCAACAGCAAUGCAGACUACUACGGCUAUUACACCCACUGAAGACCUCACAAAGCACAAUGUUCGCUGCAGUCUCUCCCAGCGUCUUCCUACACCGCCGUCACGGCUCUGAAUCGGUCUGUACAGUCAAAUCCAGGUGCUGCAGACAAAUACCAAAGCCACAUAACAGAACAUCGACUGUCACAUCACUGGAGGUCACACCGCGCGGCCAGCCUCUCUGUAAAGUCUCCUUUCAAAGUGUCAAAUGAGGGCUGCAAGUGAUAAGGAGGAACUUUUCGAGGUUACACUCUCAAACUUAGUGUGGAACAGGAGUGGAUGUGACUGGCACUCUGCCCUUAAGUCACAUAAAUACCAAACAGACACACAGUGCAGACCUUUGACUUAAACCUUUGAAACAUCUAGAGAUUUAUUUAAAAAAGAAAAAAAAAAAAAAGGAUCUGCAUAUCUGGUUGCUGACAGUCGCCUGCGGGGAUUGUCUGUUCUUCCUGCAUCAAAUACUCUCUCUCUGUCUCCUUUGCGCUGUCUUGUCUCAGUCUGUCUUUUCCCUCCUCACCCACAGCCAUUCACACAUACUUCAGAUACGCUCACGUUCACUGUGUGGGCAGAAAUUACCUUUAUCCCACAGGCCUCUCUCUUCUGAUUCCACCCAUGUCGUUUACUGCAGCUCCCACUAGUGGCGACAGUGGAGUGUCGCAGGCUGACAGUGUCUGAGUGAGCUAAUGUGAGGGGGUUAAGAGAGAUUAGAAGUAAGGCUGCUAAUCUGUCUCAGCCCUUGCGAGGACAAUCUUGUGUGUGUGUGUGUGCUGCUGUUCAGUCAAUCAGGAAACACAGCAGAGAUAGCAAGUCAAGCACAAUCCUUAAUAUGAGGUUUUCUAACCAGAGGUUAGAGUUUACAUUAACAGCAGACACACUGCCCACCUGGGAUUUUUUUUAUGGUAAAAAAAAAAAAAAAAUGAAAUGAUGGUUAUUGCAAAUGCACUUACAUCCCAGCACUGUAUGUCUACAACACUGAAGUGAAGGUCGAUGUCUCUGUUGCUGAUGAUCCUGAUGAUCACUGGGUUGAGCUCACUAGCAGAUGUUUACAGAGGGGCACGGGGGAAUUGUGAUGAUUAUAAUUACUGUAUAACACUGGCUGUCUGAUACUUCAUGGACAAACUUAUUCAGAAUAUGAUUACUAUUAAGAAAAGAGACAAUAGGGUGACUGGAGUGUGAAACUUGGGAAGCAAAGUUAACCCAUCUUUGUUCAAAGGUUCCUGACUAUCUUUAGAUUCAGGCACAGCAACGUUCAUUGUAUUUUAUGUACAAUGGUAAUAAAAGUUAUUCUAUUAUUUAAAAAAAAAUGUCCUUUCCUCCACUGUCAAAGCACUGUUACUGAAAACUUCACAGACAAACUUUAAGUUGGUAUUUUUAUUACCAGUAUCUCACUGUUUUUCUUUAUUUAUUAUAUAUAGUUUGUUUUAUUUAUUUUUGCAGUCCAUGCAAGUUUAAAUCCCAGGUAAAAAAAAAAAGAAAUAUAUAUAAAGAAAGCUCAGGAAGCGCAAUGGCAAAGGUCUGACAGUGAUGUUAAAUAAACUCUGUUUUGGUUGAAUUGAAUGAGAAAAUAACUACAGUAGUUCAACAAAUGUUUUCGUCAUUACAGAGGGGAUGUUAUCAAGUUCAUUGGGGUUGGAAUCAUCAUCAAUAAAAAAAACAAAAAAUAUGCAGCUUUAGUCUCAUGCAAAAACAAAAGAGUAGGCCAGAUGUGAGUGUGUGUUCCUGCAUCUUCACCACAGAGAGCUUGCACACAGAAUGAGCAGACAAGUCUUGAAAGUGGGUUAUUCAGAGCAGCCACAAAAACCUGCAAGUAAACAGACAAGACGCUGUCACCCUCAGACCAACAGAAACAGGAAGCACAAAGUGACCAGACGGGCACUGAAUUUCCCUCCCCCAGUCUGCCGGCCUUUCAUGUGGUGACACUGGUUGACAGAGAGGCCCAGCUUUCGCUCCCUGUGACAGAAAUGAAGAGUGAGGCUGCAGUCGGCGCUGAUCACAGAUCUGCUCCUCGCUCCUCUCAAAGAGUGCUAAUGACCUGAGACAACACUGUAGGUGACAGAGUCACUCAAAGAAGACAGAGCGGAGUUACUCAAGGUGUGUGUGUGCUCCAGAGGAGAUUACAGUGGCGUAGCUUGACAUUUUUUGGCAAAAAUUUCCUUAUUCUUUUUUUUUUUUUGUCAAGGAAAGACCAGCUUAGCUUUGCGUAAGUCAUGGAAACAGGGAGACAACCUGAGCCCACCAGACUGGCUGAGAAAGAUUCUGGCAGGAGGACAUUCAUAAAAGCACAAAUAGUCAUUUUUGCACUUCAGAUUUUUGUAUGAAACAAAAUAGACGUGAUGUGUCAAUCAGUAAAUUUGUAGAGGUGCUGGCAGACCGUUUUUUUGUAAACUUUCAGAGUCAGGCUAGACUUUAAGGACCAGGGUAAACUUUGUUGAUUUUAAAACAUUGUGACUAUUUUACAGAAAUACAGGGUCUUCAGACACAACAUAAUUAAUCAACAAAUGAAAGUAUACUUACAUACAAACCAGCAAUUACACUUAUGUUAUGACAAUAGUUCACAAAAUAUGUAUUGGGCACUUUUACAGAUUUUGCUUUUAGUAUCUAGUAGAUAUUUUCAGACGGGUGUGGGGUUGUUUUAUAGUGAUUAUUUCUGUAAAUUUAAAAAAGAAAAAAGAAAGAAAGAUUCUGGCUACUGUUUGCCUUAUUUCUUGUGUUAUUUAAACUGCUCCUUUCUCAGCAAAGCUAAUUUUAUACGAGUGUAUACAGACUGAGAUUUGCAUCAGUCUUGCUGGAAGUUAAAGACAAUCACAAAGAUGCACUUGGUCUUAAAGAGUGAUGUUGAUGCACACAGGACUGUCAGAGCAUUUAAUUAAUGAAGUUCAAGUUUGAAUUGUACGCUGGAAACAGAACAGACACAUUAUUAUGAUCAAGUGAUGAAAAAAAAACGUGUUUUCUGUAUAAUUUUGUACUAUUUAAUGUUUAUAUUGAGAACAAGGUGAUGAUUCUACUCUUGUUUCAAGUGCAAUUAAUAGAAAACAACAUGUUUAGAAUUGAUCAUUGCCUUCAAAAACAACGAACACGGUCCAGUGGAUGAUUUCAAUUACUUGUUCUGUAGUUGACCCUGCACCUGCACGAGUGCAUGAAAUCAUACAUUAAACAGCAGCAGAAGAAAAAAGAUAAUAAAGCUUUGACACACCUCAGGAACGACCUGGGACUGAUUAUGAGCCAGUGGGCCCCUGGGCACAGAUGAGAAAAGGGCCCCGAGCCCUUCAGCCUGGUAGGCCUGUUCACUAAUCCAUCCUUGAGAACGACCCCUGCUGGAUAACUCAGCUAGUGCAAUUAACUCCAGCAAAACCACAAAUCCGUUAUUUAACAUUUGAUACCUCCAUUUCCCUUCCCGUCUGUGUUUCCCUGAACACACAUUUCCAUGAGAGAGAGGCUAAGACUGUGUGUGUGUGUGUGUGUGUGUGUGGAAGCUGUGUUUCCAGAGAUUUUACUGUAUAAUAUAGAAAUAGAGGCGUGAAGAAGGGUCAAGAAACAAGCAUGUUAUUUGUGUGUGUGUGUGUGUGUGUGUGUGUGUGUGUGUUCUAUGUGCACUGUUUCUGUCAAGGGAGCAAUUAUCCUCCUUUGACUCUUUCGAUGAGAGCUUAUAAAUAGCAAUGCAGAAAUAAAUAAUGGAUGAAGGUUUCUGAAGGGGGAACUGUUAUUUAUUAAAGGUGGCUUAAUUGUGUCAUGUA